CGCGAGGUGGUCGAAUUCGCCAAGCACAUUCCCGGCUUCCAGGCGCUGUCCCAGCACGACCAGGUCACCCUGCUCAAAGCCGGCACCUUCGAGGUGCUGAUGGUGCGCUUCGCCUCGCUGUUCAACGUGAAGGAGCAGACGGUGACGUUCAUGAGCCGCACCAAAUACAGCCUGGAGGAGCUGUGGGGUAUGGGCAUGGGCGACCUGCUCAGCUCCAUGUUCGAGUUCAGCGAGAAGCUCAGCGCGCUGCAGCUCAGCGAUGAGGAGCUGGGGCUGUUCACCGCCGUCGUGCUGGUGUCGGCAGACCGUUCGGGUAUGGAGGACGCGGCGUCGGUGGAGCAGCUGCAGGAGACGCUGAUCCGAGCGCUGAGGGCGCUGGUGCAGAAGACGCGGCCGGCCGAAAGCUCCCGAUUCACCAAACUGCUGCUGAAGCUGCCCGACCUGCGCACCCUCAACAACCUCCACUCCGAGAAGCUGCUCUCCUUCCGCAUCGACGCGCAGUAGGGACCCCUCCCGUGCACAGCCCCCCCUCCCUCCCCACAU